AUGGCGACCCCAUCGUCGGACAGGGAAGAAGCGACCCUAAUUCACUAUGGCACCGGAAAUCGCUUUACACCCAACACCCCGAUUACCCCAGAAACUGCCGCUGCGGCUGCUGCAGCUGCUAGGGGAACUCCAGUGGUUCCGUCUCCUUACGCAGUGCAACAGCAACAGCAACGCAACAAGGGACUCACUUUGGCAGAUAUUCGUCGACGCAACUUGGAUGAGCAACAAGCCCUGAGGGAUGAGGGUCACCUGCGCCGCUACCGGGCUACUGAGGUGUUUCACAAGUUGUACGUUGUACCGGGCAAACGCGUGAUUCUGAGGAGGCCCACAGGUUUCGAGGUUCAAUACCAGUGAGCUUCUGCCGAUACUGAUCGUGCAGCAAGUGCUGCUGCUGCUGCUGCUGUUGCUGUUGCUGUUGCUGUUGCUGCUGCUGUUGCUGUUGCUGUUGCUGCUGCUGCUGCUGCUGUUGCUGUUGCUGUUGCUGCUGCUGCUGCUGUUGCUCGCGGCGAAGAAGAAGGCCGCUGCUUGCUGCCUCCGGAGGAGUCUGUAGAUGCAGCAUCUCCACGAGUGCCUGUGAUGGCGAUGGGAGCUGCUACUGCAUCGGGGGAUGCUGCUGCAGAAGCGAGAUCGAAAGACGUGGUGACAACGUCUUCUGGACUAUCGGAUUCAUGCAGCGCUGGGGUGUCAGCAGCAGACACUGCCGCGGCUUCGCCUCUCCAGUCGUUGCUUGCCUUUGCUAGACUUUCCCCUGGAGAACUCCCCCCGCUUUCUGUCCUUGAUCCUUAUUACCAAGUUUUAAAGCGUGCUCUUGAGGUCGAGCCUGGUCCUGCGUCUCUCGAAGGUAUUUCAGCAGCAGCUGGCGUUUUUUUGGCUCACACCGAAGCAGCGGAGUGCUAA